AUGAUGGAUGAUACGGUCAAUGACCAAAAGCCAUCUGAUGGAGUCGCCAAUGAGCAUAUUGAGCAGAUAUGCAGGGAUUCUGGGAGUCAUAACAAAGAAGAUGAUGACUUGGAAUCACUUGAGCGCUCUUACUCCAAGCAAAUUAAGCUGAGUAAUGUCAAAUUUUUGAUGGUCUUGCUCGGGUUUUGCAUGGCGUUUGUCGGUUCCCAGGUGAUUUCCCUUAUAUUUGCUGCUCUUGUUACCACUGUCGCAAAUGACCUGAAUGCCGUCGACGACUUGGUCUGGAUUUUCUCUGCCGGUCUGGUGUCUAUUAGCGCCGUAGCUCCCUUCGCUGGUCCAGUUGCCGAUCUCUUUGGACGGAAAAGUGUGACUAUUGUGGGAGUGCUCGCUUCGAUGCUGGGUAUGAUUUUGUGCGCUGCAACCCCCAAUGGAAAGGGGUUCAUUGCGGGUCAGGCCAUAGCGGGUGUUGGGGUUGGCAUCCAGGAGCUGAUGUCAAUCUCUGCUGUGGCUGAGCUGGUACCGACUCGUCAACGAGGAUUUUAUGCUGCUCUUGUCGUAUCCACUUUCUUGCCUUUUGCCCCGGCGUCAUUAUACGGGGAACUGAUUGCACAGAGCAGCUGGCGAUAUUGUGCUUGCUUGAUCGCAAUCUGGAACCUGUUGACGGCUGUCGUUCUUGCCAUCUUCUACAAUCCUGCGCCUCGAGUCAACGCUAUGGGACUGAGUCGCAUGGAGAUGCUUCGCAGAAUCGACUUCCUAGGAGGAUUUCUCAUGAUUGCGGGCAUUGUUGUCUUCCUGAUCGGGCUCAACUGGGGAGGAAAGACCUACCCCUGGGGUUCUAGUGCAGUGAUCUCGUGCUUGGUCCUUGGUGCCAUUCUAGUUGGGGUCUUCAUCCUAUACGAGACGUUAUGGGCUAAAUAUCCCAUGUUUCCCCGUCGUCUACUCCGUCAUUCUCGUGCCUUUAUUGCGUUAAUGGUGGUGAUUCUUGUCGCGGGUGUCAAUUACAUUCCCAUUUUGUUCUUUUGGGUCAUGCAAUCGAUCAGCGUAUAUGGCUCAGGCCACGUUGUUGCAGGCAUUCGAACGCUGCCAUUUGGUUUCUGUAUCGUUGGGGGAUCCUUGAUUUCUGCCAUCAUGAUAUCGUCAUUCAAAGGGUAUGUGCGUCCUAUAAUGACAAGCUUCUGUGUCAUACAGACUGUGGCCAUUGGCUGUAUGGCUGCCGUCGAUCCUAAUAAUGUCAACACCGUCUGGGCUCCUCUCGUGCUUGGCCUCAUCGGCGUUGGUGGUGUUCUCGUUCCCAAUCAAGUCAUAGUCACAGUCAUAUCCCCAGAUGAUCUAAUCGCGACCGCAACAUCUCUAACUGUUUGCCUUCGCUCCGUUGGCCAAGUUGUGGGAAUCGGCAUUUUUUACACUCAAUUUAUAGCGAAGCUCACCGAGGAAGCAGAGAUGAAAAUGAUUCCUGCGGCGAUGGAAGUCGGCAUUACUGAUCCAUUGAUCCUCAAGGAAAUGGCGUCCACGCUUCUAGCAAUUCCAUUCUCAGAGUACGCGGCAGCGCUUCCUCAGCUAAAUACGCCGGAGAAGUAUGAAUUUUUGCAUCUUGCUGUUAUUAAUGCGUUUGGAGUGUCAUUUUCUAAAGUCUACUUGAUUUCGAUUGCAUUCGGAGUUACUGCGUGUAUCGCGAGUUGGUUCCUUGGGGAUCUCACAUCUUUGAUGGAUGACCAUAUUGCUGUGUCAUACUUUUAG